UGUCAAAUUAUCAAAAUGGCCGAAAGAAAGGAAUGAAGCUUCCUUUGUUCGUAAUUAUAUUAUUUAAUUAGCCAAAAUAAAAACAUCAAAAAUGAAGGAAAUAGACAUUAAUAUAGAGGGAUAUAAUGUAAACGGUAUAUGUGUUGGUUGUUUGAACUACAAUCGCAAUAUGUAUUAUAGAAACGAAAUAAAAGAAUGUUUUAAAUUGUUAGCAGAUAUAGAUGUGCCAGACGGUCUGUCUAUACAAGUAUGUUGGGAGUGCUUAGCAGCUGUAAAAAACGUCCAAAAGUUCAAAAAACAAAUAUUGAAGUCAUAUGACAUACUAAUUAAUUAUUCCAGAAAACAUCCAUUCCUGAAUUCACCGCACGAUCUUUCGCAACACGCUGUAACGAACCUCUCGCAGUCCACCCUCGUCGGGCACACGAACAGACACGGAUCCAGUCCCCUGGAGGAUGUCAAGCAGGAGCUGACCUUCAAGGUGGAGGGCGUGGAGCAGGUGAAGGAGGAGCUGUAUGAUAUUGAUGUGUUUCGUGACACUUUCGUGAAAGACGAGGAUACCUUUGAUUUGGGCGUGCUAGACACGCAGUCGUCUGACGACAAUACACUCCUCUCGGAGUUGGUGAGAGAAGAUGGAGAUGGUAAGAGUAAGAAGGAGAGGAAGGAGAAACGGGAGAAGAGGAAAAAGGAUAAGAUAAAAACUAAAUCGCGCCGCCUCAAAAACCUGCCGGAGGAUCUGGUAGAACUCUACUCCAUGACGGAGGAAGAAAUGCACUCGGUAAGAGAAAGAGACGUCGCCAGCGCUGAGUUCGCGAGCCUCAAGCACAAGUGCAGCGAUUGCGUACGCGGGUUCAAUACCCGGAAGUUGCUGGAGGGCCAUUUGACAGGGAAACACAGUCCGAAAGAAGCAAAAUCCUUCCAGUGCGAGGUGUGCAAAGGUUUUUUCAUAAACAAAGAGAACCUAUCGGUUCAUAAGAAUCAGCAUUUGAAAGCGUUCAGAUGCAGAGAGUGUGGUUUGAUAACGACAUUGAAAAGGAUUAUGGUCAGGCACGAGUGCGCUAAGCGCAAAGAGGACUAUUCCUGCACCGAAUGCGAUAAGACUUUUAAUUCAAAGUCGAAGCUGACAUAUCACAAGAAUGUAAGUCACGAAGAGAAGCCGCAGUGCGAUUGUUGUGGCAAAGUAUUCGCGAAUAAGAUGACAUUGAAGUACCAUUUGAAAAUUUUACCCGCAAAGAAGGAAGAUAAACCAAAAGAAAUGUUAUAUAUACCGUGCAAGGGCUGUGAUAAAGUGUUCCACUCGCAGAAGAGUUACAGAGCGCAUGUCGUGAUCCAUGACGGGCUCACGUACCCGUGCCCGAUAUGCGGCAAGCUGUUCCAGUGGAAGCGGAACCUCGCGCGGCACGCGCGCAACCACCGCGAGCGCGAGACCGGCACCACGCACCAGUGCCGCGAGUGCGGCAAGACCUUCUCCAGCCGCGACUGCUACAACAACCACAUGAAGCUCAGCAAGCGGCACGUGCCCGAGAGCGCGCUCCUGCACGCGUGCCACUAUUGCGACAAGCGCUUCGCAACAAAAUGGUGUAUGGUGGACCAUAUAGACUGGGAUCAUUUGAAACAGAUCAAAUACCGGUGCAGCGUGUGUUUCAAGCCGUUCAAAACAGCGAAGAUAAUGGUCGCCCAUAUGAACAACAUACACGAGGGGAAAAAUAAGAAAGAGCUAGAGGAAGAGCACCUGUGCGAGAUCUGUGGUAAAUCUUAUAAAACUGAGAAACGUCUCAAGGGCCACGUGUGGGCGAUGCACACGAAACGAUCCAACACGAAGAGCUUCAAAUGCAGCCUGUGCCCCGCCACGUUCACCUGGCAGACGUCGAUAUACAAACACAUGCGUAUGAUGCACGAUAAUAAGCGGAAGCAGCCACGGGCCAUACCAACUAAGAAAGAAGAGCCAUACGUCGAAAUAGAACUGACAAACCCUAUGCCAUAUUUUCAACAGAAUAUAAAUCUUAACCCCAGCCUACAGCCAAUAAAUAUAGUGCAAAAUAUCGGUUAAUUAAAUGGUUUUAAAGCUGGUUAAUGACUGAUGCCAUAUUUUAAAUAAAUGAAUUUUACAUG